ACGAGUGACGACAACGUCUGAUGCCCCAAUAACAACCUCCCUUCUUCUCCUUCUUACCUCCUUAACCUCAAUGGCCCAUUCCAUCACCGCCUCCUCCUCCCAAUCUCCUCCGCCGCCGCCGCCGUCGCCGCCGACCCGCCAUGCCCCGCCUCCGCCUCCGCCUCAGCUUCGGCCGCGCCUGGCCUCGCUUCCUUGGCCUCUCCUUCCUCCGCCGCUUUCUCCGCGCCGUCUGGGCCCUCCUCCUCUCCUGCUCCUCCUGCGCCGGCCGCGCACGGUACCGUCGCCUCAAGGGCCGGCUCGAUGCUCCGGAUGGCCAUCGCUCGACUGCCUCUCCGGACCUCGAGGCCGCCGAUCCCGACAUGAUCACGCUCAAGAUUAGCCUCCUCGGCGAUCGCUGCACGGGCAAAACCAGCUUCAUGAUCAAGUAUGUGGGAGAUGGGGAAGAGCAUAGGGGCCUCCAGGAGAAAGGGUUGAAUUCGAUGGAUAAGAUAUUAUUUGUGCGCGGAGCUAGGAUUGCGUUUAGUAUUUGGGAUGGUGGAGGGGAUGAUCAAUCCCUCAAUCACAUUCCUGAAGUUUGUAAAGGGGCGGGAGCUAUUUUGAUCAUGUUUGAUCUUACCAAUCGAUCUACUCUAAACAACACCAUUGGAUGGUUCCAAAGAGCAAGAAAUUGGAACAAGACUGCAGUUCCAGUCCUGGUGGGAACCAAAUUUGAUGAGUUUGUUCAGCUUCCACUUGAAAUGCAGUGGACAAUUGUGAAUCAGGCCAGAGCAUAUGCAAGGGCUAUGAAAGCGACACUCUUCUUCUCAAGUGCCAAUCACAACAUUAAUGUUAAUAAGAUUUUUAAGUUUAUAGCUGCCAGGCUCUUUAAUCUGCCAUGGUCAUUGGAGAGAAAUCUGACUGUUGGAGAGCCUAUCAUUGAUUUUUAGGAGUUUUAUUUUUUAUCUUUAAAUUCUCUCAUAUACUUUGGCCAUCGCUUGAGAUUCAUUGUAAGUGCGAGGUUGUGAUUAUAAAUGCCACAAAUGAGUUCCUUGUUCUACAAAGCUCGACGAAAGAUGCGGUUAAGACUUGAAGAUCUGUGAAAAAACUUUAUGAGGCGAUUCAGCGGAGACGAAAUGCUACUGUGAAUGACCUCAAAACAACAUUAGGCACUCUCGUCCAAGCUGAGCGACCACUGAUCGAGCUUCAAUGGCUAUACCAAGUCUCACUGGAAGGGGGCCGGGGUGUAUGAACCUACAGUUGAAGUCCUUCAGCCAUUGCUGCUGCUGCAAAAUACUUUAACUGUCCAAGCUUUGCCCCAAGGCUCACUCUGCCCAGCAUUAGAGGUUGAUGUUGCUGGUGAUGCUCCCAUCGUGUGCAUUAUCAUUUUCUUUUUCGAUUUUCACUAUCUAUUGUUUGUCAUAUCGAACAAUUGAAAAGAUGGAUGAAAGCCCAUCCAAUUUAA